AUGUCGGGAAUAUUUGGAACCACAACGAGUUCCGCGACGACUAACAGCGUCGGCGACCUCAAGUCGGACGUGGCUCUCAGCGAUCCCCCUACCGAUUCCAUCUCUGAUCUCUCAUUUUCACCGGCUCCCAAUGGUCCUGAUUACCUGGCUGUUGCCAGCUGGGACAACAAAGUCCGCAUCUACGAAAUCGCCCAGAACGGCCAGAGUCAAGGCCGACACGCAUACGAGCACGCACAACCCGUGUUGAACUGUGACUUUUCAAAGGACGGCACAAAGGUAGCCUCGGCCAGUGCAGAUAAAAACAUCAAGGUGUGCGAUCUGGCGUCCCAGCAAGACAUCGUCAUCGGCGCGCACGAGCAACCGGCGCGCACGUGCCGGUUCUUCGAGAGCGGCGGCGCGGCCAUGAUCGUAUCCGGGUCGUGGGACAAGACGGUCAAGUACUGGGAUCUGAGGCAACAGGGCCAGGCCGCAGCCACGGUGUCGUGCCAGGAGCGUGUAUACACGAUGGACGUCAAGGACAACCUCUGCGUCGUCGGCACGGCAGACAGGUACCUCAACGUGAUUGACCUCAGGAACCCUUCCAAGUUCUACAAGACCUUGCAGAGCCCGCUCAAGUGGCAGACACGGGUUGUCAGUUGUUUCACCGACUCGGCCGGCUUCGCGCUCGGCAGCAUCGAGGGCCGGUGUGCCAUUCAGUAUGUCGAGGACAAGGACUCGAGUUCAAACUUUUCCUUCAAGUGCCACCGAGACCCCGCGGUCAACAACGUCGUCAACGUCCAUGCCGUCAACGACAUUUCGUUCCACCCCGUCCACGGCACCUUCAGCACGGCCGGGUCGGACGGCACGUUCCACUUCUGGGACAAGGAUGCCAAGCAUCGUCUUAAGGGCUAUCCCAAUGUGGGGGGCAGCAUCACGGCGACGACGUUUAGCAAAACCGGUAGCAUCUUUGCGUAUGCCGUUAGUUACGACUGGAGCAAGGGCUACCAGCACAACACCCAGAGCUAUCCGAUCAAGGUCAUGCUGCACCCGGUAACCAAUGACGAGUGCAAGCCGAGGCCGUCGAUGAAGAAGAGGUAG